AUGACUGAUAAAAUACAUGAUUGUAUCAUGGAGACAAUAACUUAUGGACAUGAUUACACACCAACUUCAAUACAUCAUCAUGGAACAAAUAUCAAAUGUAACAUUUGUCCAACAACAUUUCCAUGGCAUGGUGAUGUAACAGAACACUUACGCUCUGUGCAUGGAAUGCAAAAAUCACGUGAAAAUGCAUGUAAUGGUAAAGCUAGAAGUUUUUGUUGUAGUCAUUUUAAAUAUGCUACAAAAAGUCGAUAUGACUUCGGUCGUCAUAUGCGAAUACAUUGGGGUGUUAAACCAUUCAUAUGUAUUUUUUGUCCAUAUCGUAGUGCAUGGAAAUGUAAUUUAAAAAGUCACACAAAAUCACUUCAUAGAAAAUGUUUUAUGUGUGAAAGAGAAUUAAAUAAAAUCAUGUCACAAUUUGAAAAUAACACUGGUACAAGAACAUCAGCAGCAACAGCAGCGUCAUCAUCAUCAUUAACUAGUGGUUAUGAACAUACUUCCACAUUGCCUAUUUCACAAUUUGAAAUAACAACAGAAAGUAGUGGUGAUAAUACAAGUGAUCGAUAUAAUUGUUUACAUAUUGAUGAUGAAGGAAAAGAUAAUAUAAUUACUACUACUACUACUACUACUACUACAUUUCCAUGGCAUGGUGAUGUAACAGAACACUUACGCUCUGUGCAUGGAAUGCAAAAAUCACGUGAAAAUGCAUGUAAUGGUAAAGCUAGAAGUUUUUGUUGUAGUCAUUGUAAAUAUGCUACAAAAAGUCGAUAUCACUUCAGUCUUCAUAUGCGAAUACAUUGGGGUGUUAAACCAUUCAUAUGUAUUUUUUGUCCAUAUCGUAGUGCAUGGAAAUCUAAUUUAAAAAGUCACAUAAAAUCACUUCAUAGAAAAUGUUUUACGUGUGAAAGAGAAUUAAAUGAAAUCAUGUCACAAUUUGAAAAUGCCGCUGGUACAAGAACAUCAGCAGCAACAGCAGCGUCAUCAUCAUCAUUAACUAGUGGUUAUGAACAUACUUCCACAUUGCCUAUUUCACAAUUUGAAAUAACAACAGAAAGUAGUGGUGAUAAUACAAGUGAUCGAUAUAAUUGUUUACAUAUUGAUGAUGAAGAAAAGGAUAAUAUAAUUACUACUACUACUACUACUACUACUACUACAUUUCCAUGGCAUGGUGAUGAUAAAAUGAACUCAAUAGUUAAAUCAUAUUCACGUAAACCUUCAUUAAAAACUAACUACUCACUAUUACAUAAUGAAUCAAAUAGUAUGGAUACUAUAACACAACCAUUAACAGUAUUCUCUCGACCACAGAUUACAUCCAUAACACAAUCAUCAUUAUCAUCAACAGCAUCAUCACAUUUAUCAGGUUUAUCUGGAAUUUCACCAAAAUCCAAUGAAAUGAUUUCAUUAGAUAUUGAAUGUAAAAACUAUUCAAAAUUUUCAGAUAUACAAAUGACAUCAAAUGAUCCUUUAAAUGUAAUUGCAUAUUCAUGUAUAAAACAAUUACCAUCAACAACAUCAUCCUCAUCAAUAGCAGCAUCACUAUCUAAGAAUUCUUCAUUAAUACAAAAUAAUGAUGAUAUAUUAUCAGUGAAUGAUUCAUUACCAAUUGAUCAAUCAAUUGGAUAUCCUCAUAAACAUGAUGAUAUUAAGAACCAUAUACUACUUACAAAUACACGUCCAUCAUCAUCGGAAUUAAUGUCAAAAAUUUCAUUCGGAAACAGUCAUCAUUAUGCUUAUCCGAAUUUUUCUACAGAGUUAAAUAAUAGUAUUUAUUCGGGAACGAAAUGUUUUACCACAACGACAACAACAACCAUAGCAUCUCCUAGUAUAAUUACUUCUAAUUCAACUAUUACGACUGACAAUACAUUAUCGGGUACAAGAUUUCAUUAUCCUAUUUUAUCUAAUUCACAACAGAAUAUUACGCAUAAUAUUACUAAUACUACCACCAUUAAUACUGAUAAUACUUCAAUAUCACCGUACAUAAUUGGUUCAUUAAUUUCUGACUCAUUAAAAAAUAAUGCAUCAUCAAAUCCAACGAUUAAUUCGUUAUUCAAUAUUCAACAACAGGUUUUAAUGACUGCUCUCUUGCAAGCAUUUCAACGACAACAACAACACAGUCAAAAGUAUCACGAAUUAAAGCAACAACAACAGUCAGAACAAUGCAAGAAUUUAACUACGCAUUAUGAUACACAUGGAGGAGUAAAAACGUAUUAUGACAAUAUUAUUAGUAUGACAUCACCUAUUACGUCCACAAUACCGAGAAGUCUUCCGCCCAGUUAUGGUCGUCGAUACAAUUGGAAAUCGGACGUUCUCAGAGAAAAUAAACGGAAAUUACGCCAACAACUGGAAAUGAAUCUACGCGAAAUGCAGGAAGCAUUUUUAAAUAAUCGAGACAGUGUUCAUUUUAGAGAGCAAAAUGCUAAAAUGUUAUUGUUAGCGGGACAUAGACUAGAUUAA